UUCGUUCAAGGCGCAAGGUAGAGAACACUCCUGCUUCAAAGGCAAAGGGAAUCGGAGGUACGCCCCAACUUUGGACACUUCUGGAUCUUGAGAUGCGAACAAAGCAGGUCCCAGUCCUGUGGGCAUUCGUCCUCCUGUGGAAUUUCUACAUCUCCUCCUCCCAGACUGUUUACCCUGGAAUCAAGGCAAGGAUCACCCAGCGUGCACUAGACUAUGGUGUUCAAGUUGGGAUGAAGGUGAUGGAGGACAUGGCAAAGGAAAUUGUCAUCCCAGAUUUGAAAGGUUCUGAGUCUCUCGAGUUUCUGAAGAUUGACUACGUGAAGUACAACUUUUCAAACAUAAAAAUCAACGCCUUUUCACUGCCAAAUACCUCACUGGCCUUUGUGCCUGGGGUAGGAAUUAGAGCACUGAGCAACCACGGCACUGCCAACAUCAGCGCCAACUGGGAAGUCAGGGCUCCGCUUUUCCAGGAUUCGGGAGCUGCUGAUCUAUUUCUCUCUGGAAUCUACUUUACUGGCGUCAUUGUCUUCACCCGUAAUAACUUCGGUCACCCGGCCCUGGAACUCCAAGACUGUCAUGCCCAAGUGAGCCAUGCCCGAGUCUCAUUUUCUGGAGGCCUCAGUGUCCUGUAUAACUCCUUUGCCGAGCCCAUGGAGAAACCCAUUUUGAGGAAUUUAAACGAAAUGCUCUGUCCCAUUGUCAUCGAUCAAGUGGAGGCGUUCAAUGUCAACAUCAGCGCACUGGAGGUUUUAACCAAGAUUGACAACUACACCGUGCUGGAUUGUUCCCUGCUCAGUCCUCCGGAAGUCACUGAGAACCACCUUGACUUGAAUUUGAAGGGUGCAUUCUACCCACUGGAAAGCCUCGUUGACCCUCCCUUCCUACCAGCCCCCUUUGAGCUUCCAGAGAACAGGGACUCCAUGCUCUUCAUUGGCAUCUCCGAGUAUUUCUUUAAAUCUGCAUCCUUUGCACACUUUGUAACUGGGGCUCUUGAGGUCACACUGUCCACCAAGGAGAUUUCCAACUAUUUCAAUCAAAAUACUCAAGGAAUUGGCAGUGUGCUCUCCAAGAUUGCAGAGAUCUACAUCUUAUCCCAGCCGUUCAUGCUGCAGAUCAUGGCCACAGGGCCGCCUGUGAUCAACUUACACCCAAACAAUUUCAGCCUGGAGUUCCCAGCUGCUGUCAUCAUGCUCACUCAACUGGAGAACUCCACCAUCGAGCACAUUGUCUCCAUGGACUUUAUUGCUAGUACCAGUGUUGGCCUGGCUAUUUUGGGACAAAAACUGAUCUGCUCCUUGUCUCUGAACAGAUUCCGCCUCACUUUGCCAGAGAACAGCCACAGAGAUGCUAAGGUCGUGAGGUUUGAGAAUAUCCUGUCUUCCAUUCUUCACUUUGGAGUCCUCCCACUGGCUAAUACAAAACUGCAGCAAGGAUUUCCUCUCCCCAACCCCUACAACAUCUCAUUUGUCAAUUCAGACAUUCAAGUUCUUGAGGAUUUCCUUCUGAUUUCUACUGACCUGACACAUGAAACAUCCUCAAAACAACAGCCAAAUCUCCACAGCUGGGGAGGUCUGAACCUGGUAAACGGACCAUGGAGAGAACAGCCAACCCAUUGAUUGCCAGUUCACAAAACCCUCCAGGAAGUAAACAACCUUGGGUCCCAUGGAAACUGUAAGCCUGAAGGUGAAGGCCAUGCACCCUGGACAUAAAAAAGCCCAUGUGAAAUAGUUUCUCUCUGGAGCCCUAAGAGACCUAGAGUGAGGAGGCCAGCUGAGUUAAAGGGCCGAAGAGGGAUGAGGCAGUGGGAGGAGGGAAUAUGUAUGUCAAUAUGUAACCAUGUUGUGUGCCUGUUUAUAACCUGUGGAUAAGAUGUAGAUCUGACCAGGGGUGUGUGUGUGUG